GCCAAAAAAAAAAAAAAAGAAUUUAGAUCAUUCACUCGUCUAAAAAAUUAGCAAGCUUUCAAUUAGGUUUCAUUCAUCUUCUUUUAACUGUAAAUAUGUCUCGCGCACGUAACUUUAGUGAAGACGUCAAUUUUGAUGCCUUGGCGCCCGCUUCAACUUACUAUACUACCGGCAACAAUGCUAGAAGCCGUACUCGAACAUACACGGUAAGAAAGGACUGGCCGUUGGAAUGACCCUUGCCGGGGGUUGGCACAUUUCGAACAGAACUGACUUAGCAUGCUUCACUGUUACAGAGAAGCCGCCCAGAAAUCGCCACGCAAGCGGAAUUGUCCGCCGCACGCAUUCGUCGUGCAUCGCACGGUAAGAUGCUCGUGAUUCCAUGAUUGCGAACAUAAAUCUCGGCCAUGCAAAGGAAUGAACAUUCAACCGUCACACCGUUUGGUGUUUUUGUAGAUGAUAAAAACAAAGCACGCAAAUUCCUAAUUGAUGUGGAGGAAACACAGCGCAAAAUUUUGGAACAGGAGGAUACCGAUGGCGAUUUUCAAAUUACCAUUAAUGACUUGGGACCGAAAACCAUGGCACUGGGCACGGCUGAUUCCGGUGGAUACCGAAAAAUUGAUAUCAGAGGCACUUAUAUGUUGUCCAACUUGCUGCAAGAAUUGGCAUUGGCCAACGAUUACGGUCGCAAGCAUAUCGUUCUUGAUGAAGCACGCUUAAAUGAGAAUCCCGUCGAUCGAUUAUCACGCAUGAUUCGCCAUUGUUUUUGGGAUGGUCUCACAAGACGCAUUGACGCUGACAGCCUUGAAGUCAUCUGUCCCGAUCCCAAGAAUCGGUCUACCAAUAGAAAUCCGCGUAUUUAUGUACCCCAUGAUGAUACGGAGGCUUACGAGUUUUACAAAAAGGUGUCGGAAGUCCGAAGCCACCUUCACCUGCAAGUAGAAUAUCUUCCCAAGGACAUCACUCCCGAAUACGUAAAGAGCAUCAAUGACCGUCCCGGUUUGCUGACACUGGCUAUGCGUAAAGUGAAAGGCGACGAUGGUAACCCCACAUAUGUCGGUGAGCCAUUUGUGGUGCCCGGUGGACGCUUCAAUGAAAUGUACGGUUGGGAUUCCUAUUUUGCUACGCUUGGUUUGCUGGUGGACGGUCGUAUCGAGCUGGCUCGGAGCAUGGUCGAAAACUUUGCCUAUCAAAUCCGGUAUUACGGCAAAGUGCUCAAUGCCAAUCGAUCUUACUAUCUGCUACGAUCGCAGCCUCCUUUCCUUACCGACAUGGCCCUCAAGGUGUUUGAACGCCUGAAUCCGGACACGGAAGAAGAAAACAAGGAUUGGCUUCGACGUAUCUUUAAAUCGGCCAUCAAGGAAUAUCACGAAGUCUGGAUGAGCGAACCCCGACUGGACAAGAAGACCAUGCUGUCUCGUUACCGACCUGAAGGCCUGGGCAUUCCUCCGGAAACCGAAGCUUCCCACUUCAGACAUGUGAUUGCUCCCUAUGCCAAGAAACACGGUGUCACCAUUGAAGAAUUCGACGAUCUCUACAAUGACGGUAAAGUGAAGGAACCGGAAUUGGAUGAGUAUUUCUUGCACGAUCGUGCGGUUCGAGAGUCCGGUCACGAUACCACCUACCGCUUCGAAAAAGUUUGCGCCAAUUUGGCUACCAUUGAUUUGAAUGCUUUGCUCUACAAAUACGAAAUGGAUAUUGCUGAUGCCAUUCGCGAUUAUCUGGAUGACAAACUUGAUUCGUUUGACGGUGUAAAGCAGACAUCCGAAGAAUGGUUGGAGCGAGCAAAACAACGUCGCGAACGCAUCGAUAAAUACUUGUGGAACGAGGAAGAAUCUCUUUACUAUGAUUACAACACUGUCAAAGAGGAACAAGCCGAUUAUGAUAGUGUCACUGCCUUUUGGGCUUUGUGGGCCGGCUGCGCCAGUGCUGAGCAAGCCGCGAAAAUGACCAAGAAAUCGCUUCCCAAAUUCGAAGUCAUCGGUGGUUUAGUGUCUGGUACCGAAGAAUCGCGUGGUCAAAUUUCGCUUGAUCGUCCCAACCGUCAGUGGGAUUUCCCAUUUGGCUGGGCUCCGCAUCAGAUCAUGGCCUGGGUCGGCUUUGAAAAAUAUGGCAUGAUGGACAUUGCUCGACGAUUAGCCUAUCGAUGGCUGUAUACUAUUACCAAGAGUUUUGUCGAUUUCAAUGGUGUGGUUCCGGAGAAAUUUGACGUGGUUAGUUUGUCGCACAAAGUGGAAGUCGAAUACGGCAAUGUUGGUACCGAUUUCAAGUUUGUACCCCGUGAAGGUUUUGGCUGGAUGAAUGCUUCGUACCAGAUUGGUUUGUCCUACUUGAAUACACAAAUGCGUCGUGCCCUCGGUACUUGUACCCUUCCCGAUCUUCUCUUUGAAAGGGCCAUGGCUCGUGACAAGGCCAACCUCACCGUGGAAGACGAAGAUGCUGCCAUGCGCCGCCGCCGCACAUCCGCAAUGGCUGCAAGAGCCUUUACAAGAAACGGUAGCGUCAAUGCUGCCAUCACACGUAUCUCCACCGAUGUUGGCGGUAUCGCCAGUGCCAACAUGAUGGCCAACCGCGCUCCCAAUGCAUCAUAA